AUGUUCCAGCCCUGGCAAACAUUCCCUCGGCUGAUCAGGAAUCGUAUGAAGAGCAGAAUGUCCAUGAAGUGUACCAACAAAUUGCCAGUCAUUUUUCCUCCACUCGUUAUAAGGUACUACCGCUUCUUUUCCUGCCGAACUCACCCCCCCUCCUCGAUAUUCCAAUUGCAAUAUGGGGAUUCUGUGUUAACCCUUCGACAGCCUUGGCCCAUUGUGGAACAGUUUCUCAAAGGUUUAGAGCCCGGUUCCGUUGGUUUGGAUGUGGGAUGUGGCAAUGGCAAGUAUCUGGCCGUGAACCGCGAGGUCUUUAUUGUUGCUUCGGAUAGAUCCGCGAAUUUGGCCCAAAUUGCACAAAAGCAUCAGCCACAUUCAACCAUCAUAGCCGAUAUUCUCCACCUCCCACAUCCUGAUUCCUUCUUCGACUUCGCCAUCUCGAUUGCUGUCGUCCACCACCUGUCCACUCCUGAACGAAGGGUUCAAGCUAUUCGCGAGAUCCUGCGUACGCUGAAACCUGCUACCGAAGAUUCUCCGGGUGGGAGAGCGCUGAUUUAUGCUUGGGCCCUGGAACAGAAGAGCAGCCGUAGAGGUUGGGACAAAGGUGAUCCGCAAGAUAUAAUGGUUCCCUGGGUCAUGAAGGGAACCACUUCUGCGGACGCUCCUUCCAACGAGCCCAAGGUGUUCCAUCGGUUUUACCACCUUUACAAGGAGUCGGAACUCCAGCAGGAUAUCAACAAGGCGGGAGGCCAUGUCCUGGAAUCAGGAUAUGAGAAAGACAACUGGUGGGCGAUCGCAACACGGAUAAACCCAGGAUCACCAUGA